AUGGGAAUUAAAAAAUUAUUUUGCUGCUGCAAAAUUGAAGAUGUUGAACCCGAGUCGCCUACACAUACACCACCAAAUGAUGAUUCUGAGAAACUACCUAUUACGAACACAGAAACUGCAUCAGAUCCUAAACCUACGUCUAUUCCAAAUAAUCCAAAUGAUCCCGAGAAACCUCCAUCAAAAGUUAUUACGCCAGUUUUGGAAAUUCCCGAUGCAUCACCAAAACUUUCGCCAAGAAUUGUUGAAGAUCCAUCACCAAUCCCUCUGCCAAAUAUUGUUGAAACUACCUCAGAUGAUAAUGGAGAUAUUAUGGAU